AUGUCUCAGUACGACCCCAACGCGGACUUCAAGAGGGCUCUGGACAGCAGUCCAGAGGCCAACACCGAGGAUGACAAGACCGAGGAGGACGUGCCCAUGCCCAAGAACUACUUGUGGCUCGCCAUCGUCUCGUGUUUUUGCCCCGCGUACCCCAUCAACAUCGUGGCUUUCGUCUUCUCCAUCAUGUCUCUGAACAGCUACAACGAGGGAGACAUAGAAGGAUCCAAGCGGCUCGGGAGGAAUGCCAAGUGGGUGGCCAUCGCCUCCAUCAUUAUCGGCCUUCUCAUCAUCGGUAUUUCUUGUGCAGUUCACUUCACAAGGAAGUAA